AUGCGUAACACCGUGUGUUUCGUAACUGGGCCAGCAAGCUCUAUUGACAUCUUGAAUCCCAUCUUGUUCAUCGAGGCCUUGCAAUUUGCGAGGAGAGGGCACCCGGCAACGACGACUAUUGCCAAAAGGAGGAGCAGGACACGGGAGUUGCAAUUGUGUGACACUUUUGCGAUUUGCUUCCACAUCUUGUUGAUUUUGCAAGAAGGGGAAGGGGGGGCCCGCGAGACGCUCGAAUCACAAGUGAAGAAGGGCAGCAUUGUCGACAAGAUCUUGGAAAAGCACCGCGGCCACCUCUUGAUGGAUGUCCGACACGGCCUCCCAGGCACCCCUCUGCACCAAGAGCAGCUUCCCAAAGCCAGGUCCCGGAAGAAGAAGUUUGACAACAACCGUGCAGACAACGCAAAGACCGAGAAGUUGGAUUUGUGGCUGGGCAGCGGCUCACAAAUCGCUCUCACCAACCAGUCGGACUAUGCCAAUGGCAUCAAGGAAACUGGCAAAAUCCGAGAAUUCUUUGCCCCGAAGCGACAGUACGAGUAG